AUGAUACUCGCCUUCUUUGCUCUGCCAAUAACACCAGCGUUCUUGGCACCAGCCUUGUCUGCCCAGGCAUUUGCUACAACGCUGCCUAUGGUGCCCUACACUAUGCCCAACGCUCUGGCACCUGCUGUCUACACCCCCACACCUACCUUGCUUGCCUCGCUUGCUUCGCUGCCCAUAGGGCCUUGCACAUUGUCGCCCACGCCUUUGGCGCCUUAUAUACUGUUGCCCACACCCCUGGCACCCUACACCUCACCUGUUUCACUGCUUUUAGCGCCCACUAGAUGCCUGACACCCACACUAUUGCUGACUAGCUCCCCGGCGUCCACCUUUUGUGCCAAUGAUCAGCCAAACAUUGAGCACCCAACGGCCACUCUCCAGCCAACGCCCUCAUGCCCGUUCGCCCUCGCCCCUUGA